CAAACAUUCCUCCCCUCGAAUCCCACCAUUUCCUUUCUUUACUAUCGAUGUCUCAUCAGAAAGCGUCCAUCUUGAUUUCCCUUUGCACUACCCUGCAGCAAUCUCUUGCUUUUCUCACUAUCCGUAAGGAUUCGCUCCGUCGUCUACAGCUGAACCUAAAGAUAUCUCCAUAUUCCUUAACCAGUUUGUCCAAAAUUCUGCUUCGUCAUCUUCGUGCAUGCACUUGAGGAAUAGGUACGUUCAGUUGCUGUCCUCUCCGGUGCCAGACUCUUUACUGGAAGUGACUGAUUCUGGCUCUAAAGUGGUGGUUCCGUCGGAGGACUGGUACCAGCUAGCGGAUCGGCGAGUUGGGCUGAGAUGGAGCCCCGAAUGAGAGACGGGAGGUCCAACUUCAAUUUCUCUGAUCCUGAAACGAAUUUUGGGAAUGACGUCAAGAAAUCACAGGCGACGGUUUUAAAGGACAUCUGAUAUUGCACUGGUGGGGCUCACCGAAGCCCAGUUGUAAAAGAAAUAAAAUGAAAAAGGUGUU